AUGUCGUUGCAAACCGAUCUGAACUUCAGCGGCACCAUUGAGGAGGAUUCCGAAGACAACACGAUAAUUAAAGACGCUUCGGAUGACCAAUCACAGGACCAAGAGGAUGCAGAGCAAUUCGACCAAUGUAUGGAGUCAGGCCAAGGGCCUGCAGACUCAUCUUCGCAAACGGCGCCUAUACAGAAGCGCCGUCGGGUGACGAGGGCGUGCGACGAAUGUCAGUGUACUUAUGACCAACCUUCGCAUCGACGGCGCAAUCCUGCUCCACAAUAUGUGGAGGCACUGGAGACUAAAUUGCGCCGAGCAGAAAUGCUGCUCCAGAAUUACGUACCAGAAGUAGAUCUAAAUGAUCCUUCGCUGGACUCCGCAUUACUCUCUCAAGAGGCACUCCCACAGAAGCAAGAAAAGGGGCUCGGCUUGCUGGGUCGAGGAGGGAACUGGAGCAGUAGGACUGCAAAGCAACAAAGCGUAGACGCGAAAACAGAUUCUCAAUUGGAGUCAAUGGUCGAAAUUACCGGAUCGCUAGAUCUAGAUGAUGAUGGCAACUGGGAUUUUUAUGGUCAUUCUUCUGGGCGCGUGUUCUUGCGCAAAAUGCGAGAGCAAUUUGGAACUUUGAUGGGCAAGACGUCAGACCCAAAAGCAUUUGCUAUGCCGCCUCAUAAAAAGAAGUCAAGCUCGCAACCGAUCAGCUCCCCCUCUUCAUCUGUCCAGUCACCCCUCGAGCCAAGGACGCCCUCAACUCAUGAUCUACCAUCAAAAGACUAUGCACGGCUAUUAUGCCAGAACGUGUUGGAUGAUGCCUGUGCGGUAUUGAGAUUCGUUCACCAGCCGACCUUCUAUGCCAUGUUCGAUCGCGUGUACGACUUGCCUCCUGAUAAUCAAGGCACUGAAGAGAUGAAAUUCCUUCCUUUAUUGUAUUCUGUGAUUGCUGUAGGCGCCCUUUUCGCAACUGCUGAACAGAGUCAGCUGAUGACCAACGGCGUACAAAACGCCAUUCAACAAGGGUAA